CUCGGAACAAAACGAGCGGAAACAGCAGCCGCAGCAGCGCCGAAGCUUCGCGACUCUCUCGUGAAGACGUUUUAGCUUUCGCCUUCGGGCUUAGGCCGAAUAAUUGUGUUACGAUUUGGGAAUCUAGUUGCACUCGCACCGGAAUUUACACCCCUGCAACCAGUUCGGAUUGUGAUCGAGUCUUGGAGGUUCUACUGCAACCAUGGGGGACGUGGUUUCCUCUCACCUGGAUGAAGGCAAGCGGGAGAUGAUUACAGCGAAGACUGGAGAUGUGAUGAGACAGUUCAGUGAAGUCUAUAAGCAACAGUACACCGUCGCUCUCUUCAACUGCGUCCGCUACGAGAUAGAAGGAGGUGGUGGGCCUCAAUCACAGUUGCUCCACAGAAAGGAUCCUUUGGCUGGCCGUUCAAUCUUUUCAGGGAAUUUGUUCCAGUACCUAGAGGAGAAUCGCAAAUGGAGAAAUCGUUUUGUAUCAGUGCCGAACAACUAUAGCAUCAACCUGUAUGAGAGCAAAUCAGCACAUGAGCGGAGUCUACAUCCCAAAAUAACCAUCAACUGUGCUGGCUACAAGGCCCUGACGUCCAUUGAGGAUUACAUUGAACUGAUUAACACCAGCCUUCCAGAUGUCAAAGCCAAAUUGGGCAGCAGUCCUUUUAUCAGGUGUGCAACACAGUUCCCACUCAUCCUAUGGCACCCGUACGCCCGCCAUCAUUACUUCUGUGUAAUGACUGAGAAGGAGCAGCAGAAGUGGCAUGCCGUCUUGCAAGACUGCGUCCGGCACUGUAACAAUGGUCUCCCCGAGGACUGCACUGUUCAGACGCCAGCCUUCACUGACAGUGUGAGACUUCAUAGACAAGCCAAAGGACAUUAUGGGACCUGGGACAUGAUGUGUGGAACUCCUCCACAGAUUCUGGCAAACCUAGUGAUGGAAGGUCUCCAUCCUGAACUGAGAAAUGCAAUUGGUCCUCGUCUGAAAGGAAAGAUGCAACAAAGGCAGAGAGAUUGGAUGUUUAUCUCUGAUGCAGUUUACAGGCAAGUUUUGGCCCAGACCACCAAUGAGUAUGAUACUCUUCUUGACACCUGUAAUGCUCAGAAGGUUCAGCUGGACACCAGGCUGAGAACUGACAUGGACCAGGUCAUAACAUCUAAAGAACAUGUCAGCAGUAAGAUUCGAGCCCUGGUGUUACCCAAAGCUGAGUCUCUCCUGAAAAGGAGUGUCCAACCUUACAUCAACUCCAUCUUAGAGGCCCUAAUGGAGCCUACCAGUCGAGGGUUUGCUGAGGUCAGGGAUGUUUUCUUCAGGGAGGUGGUGGAUAUCAGCAAGAACUUGUUAAAUGGAGGAGACAAAGAAAGACUGGGAGAGCAUAUGGAGAGGCUCUCUAUGCUUGCCUUCCACCCAGUCAAAAUGAAGAGUUGCUAUGACAACGUGGAGGAGCUAAACCUGGAGGGACUACAGCAAAGGUUCGAAGUGUCGAGCCCGUCUGUGUUUGUCAGCAGGGCUCAAAUCCUCAUGAGGGAGCAAAUGGACAAUGCAGUACACACCUUCGAGCAGCUGCUGCAACAGUCUUUAGCUGGCCAGGGAGAAAAUGACAUGUGCAAAAUCAUCCAAGGGUGUCAGGACAGGGUGCUGAAGAAGUAUGAUUACGACAGCAGCACAGUACGCAAGAAGUUCUUCAGAGAGGCUCUGCUCCAGAUCAUAAUCCCCUACAUGCUGCAGCAGCUCGCACCGUCUUGCGCUCCCGAGCUUCCACGUUUUAAAGAGCUCAUCUUUGCGGAUUUCUCCCCUUUCCUUCUUGUGGAAAAUAUAUUUGAGGAGGUGGUGCUGCAGUCUGUCACGAAGGACAUAAUGAUGGCUGUGAAGGAAGCUGCGGUCCAGAGGAGGCACAAUCUCUACAGGGACAGUAUUGUAAUGACCAACAGUGACCCUGACCUCCACGCUCUUGGCGAAAAUCCUCCAGUGGACUGGUCCACCAAAUUUGGCAACGGUCAACCAGAGGUUUCUCUAAGUGGUAGUGGUGAUUUUGACGGAGAUUCCGGAAAAAGACGCAAGCAAGUCGUGUCCAUGAUCCAGCUCGAUGGAGUACCUCUACCCUAUGAGUCCUGUUUGGAAGUUCCAGGGGUGGAGCUUAUCCCCGAAGAAGAUACCGUACAGUCCAAUGAUACAGAGGAGCAGGCACAGGGCAAUGAGUGCAAGGACCCAAAAUCUCCAGAUAGUGUGGAGGAAAUCAGAGAUCUGAUCAAUCCAGUGAUGGAAGUGGUACUACCAGAAGAAGCCAAAAGCGACGUGUCCAACAGCUCAGUACCAACAUUGAGCUCCAUCACACUGGAGGAUGUAGUGCAUGAGGAGAUGAGCCAAGUCACUCCUUUAGUGGAGGAUGUCCCCUUAAAAUCUCCACAAGAGAAGAAAUCACCACAGUCAAUGCUCCAGCAGUUGGUAGGAAACAAGAAACAGGAAGACGAUAAGGAGGAAGCGGCGAUUAAGAGUGCUAUUAACGAAAUAGAAUUAGCAGUACAGGAAGGUGACGGCGAACAAACUACGGUGGUUUGUGCAGCUAAAGCUGAUCUGUCACCACAGCCACCAUUGGCCACUGACUCCACUCCAAACGAUCAUCCUCAGUCUGUCAAAGAUAGCCCAAAAAGCCAGGACGGUCUCAUCGAACCUGUAGAAGUGGAUAUAGUUUUAGCGGCGGAAGACCACCCAUCCGCAACACUCACUUUGUGAGAGACCAAGGUGUGUUGUAUAUGGACUCGCUUUGUAUAUUUUUCUUGUUUGAUGUUGCACACCUCAACAUCAAUUUAAUCCUUUGAUGGAAAUUGUCUGAGAUGAUUGGUUUUUAUGUAUGCAGUAAUCCCCACGGACGCUUUCUUCAUCUUUUGUGUAUGGCAGUUGAAUGCACCAUAUGGUGGUGGUGUUUUUUUGCUGUUUUUUUUAAACAAUGAUCUUCUGAACCCUGCUGAUAAUAUUCCAGCCCGAAAAAAAAGCACCAUUGGGGUCUAAUGGGAGACUAUCUAAAACAUUAAGCGUUAACCAAUUUCGCAAUCACGUGUUUACAGGAAUCAAUCGAUCUUCCUUGACAGCAGGGGAAGCUACAGCUAUAAUCCUUUGUAUGUGUUUUGGCUACUACAGUUUUCCAAACUAUUUUUGCAAGUGUUUCCAUAUUUAUAAUAUAGUCUUUACUUAAUGCGUGUUUUAAACGAUUGCGUUCAUAGUACUGGCAUAAUUUAUGGGAGUUUUUAAACAUUGUCGACUGCAUGAACGUGAACAUUAUUGGCUUUUACAUAUCUCCAUCUUCACUAUAAGUACAUUGGAUCCAACUUUGCGGGUGUCUUCUUAAGCACAUUUCCUUUUUUCAUUCAUUGGACUCAAAGGUUCAGUUUGCUCAACUCAAAUAGGCCUUGUGAACCAUGAAUUUUUUUACCUAUUUGUCACACGGAGAUUGGGAUGAGUUAUCACAAAUUGCAAAUUACUUACUGCAGAAAAAGCUUUGUGAGUUUAAUCAUUUAGAGACGUUGAGAAACCAUGACACAUUGACAUGAAACACAGUUAGUGUUGACGCUUUUUACACCUACCAUAGAGGUCAAAUAUUCUGUUGUUAAAAGUUAGGGGUAGGGUGAUCUGUUUUUAUCUUAAAUGCUGAGAAGAGAGUUGCAGAUCCUUCUCUCUCUUUUAUAUUGCUUAUGCUUUAUUGUGAAUCCACCUAGUGCAUCAUGGCACGUUUGUCAGAACAUCUUUGUUGCUAGCAUUUACAUUGUUGAACUAUAUAAUGCUUUCAAUGGAGGGGCACUGACAACUCAUUUAUUUAUUCCUGUACCUGUGUGGUUCUGCUUUUCCAGGUCUUGUCAUCUUGAAAUAUGUACAAACAAUUAUUGAUUAAUAAAGUUAUUUCCUGAACUCUG